UAUUGACUUAGGUGACACGGUAAAUGAGCUUCAUCAGUUAUCUGUAUCGUAGCCCCCCAGAAUCGGUGGAGUGAAAGUGUAUAUGAAUGAAAACAUCAGAAAGGAUGAAAUCGUUAUGGACCUAGACCUUAUCUGCGUGGUACACUACGUGUCGUUAUGAAGCCUUUAGUUCCGAAAGUCCCGUUCGCUGGUGCGGUUACCGUGUGCUUUUUGGAUAGUCCAUAUAUCAAUUUCUCUUUAACCGAUAUGGGAAAUAUCCUGGGGCUCCCGGGUUUGCAACAAACAUUGAAUACAGUACUUCGUAAUGUUGUCAAUCAGUUGGUCGUUCUCCCAAAUCGUCUACCGGUUCAACUGGUUCCUGACAUUGACAUACAGCGUUUGAAAUAUCCAUUGCCUCAAGGCGUUCUUCAUAUCAAUAUCAUAUCUGGUCGAAAUCUUAAAGCAGGUGAUAAAAAUGUGAUUGGACAUAAUACAUCUGAUCCAUAUUGUGUUAUACGAGUUGGUGCUAGGACGUUCACUACUUCUGUUGUUAAAGAAACACUAGAACCAGUUUGGAACCAACAUUUUGAGUCAAUCGUCGACAUUUGUCAUGGUCAGUCAGUAACAUUUGAAGUAUACGAUAAAGAUCAAGGGAACAAAGAUGAUUAUUUAGGUUGUACUUCGAUACCAGUUGAGUCGGUAGUCAGUGAAGGUGAAAUAGAUACGUGGUCCUCAUUAGAAGGGGUAAAAACUGGUUCAUUACACAUUCAAUUAACGUGGUUUCGAUUGUCAAAUCAUGAAGUGGAUUUUGUACAGGCUCUGCAAUAUCGUAAAGCGUCCGGACGAAGUAUGAGUUCAGGAUUUUUAUACGUUGUUAUUGAACAAGCAAAUAAUUUGCCCCCCGUAAAACAACUACAAGAACCUUCACCAUUUUGUAAUAUCCAUCUAGGACGCGAUUAUCAAACAAACGAAGUUAAAGAAAAAACACAAAAUCCUGUUUGGAACUCUGUGCAUCAUUUUCUUGUUAGUGAUCCAAACGUUGAUAUACUUCAGCUUAUUAUACGUGACAGCCGAACGGAGACAAAACUAGGAUCCUGUAACAUCUCACUACAAACCUUAUUAACACAGAAGAAUAUGUCUGUCACGCGACCAUUCACCUUACAAGAUACAGGUCGAGAGUCAUCAACCAUUUACAUGCAUUUACAAUUGUUGGCUUUACUUCCUGGACAACGCCAAAAUCCAAGUGGGGAUGAUAAUACCAAUAUAAAACGCAGUUUAUCCCUGAAUAAGAAAUCUACCGAUAAUUCUACCCCAACUGAAAAACCUUCGGAAUCCCCUACAGCGAAUCCAGAAAUGGUUGUAAGAAAUCGUUUUCCUGAUGAUAAUGAUAUUAUUUCUUCUACAGAAUCUUUACCAACAACAAACUUCAAUAAUCAGUCUGCUCAGCCAAUUAGACAAGUGAUGACAAGUAAUAGUAUACAACAAAUAAGCAAUUCAUCAUUGGGUCGUAUUCGUCUAACUAUUCAGUUUCAUACUCUAUCGAACUAUUUAGAAGUAACAGUACAUGAAUGUCAACAUUUAAGCGGUGUUGAUAAAGACGGUCUAUCUGAUCCAUAUGUAAAACUUUAUCUUAUGGAUUUACACGAAAACGUGGUCAGUGAUUCAAAAAAGACUAAAACUGUUAAAGAUAACUUGGAUCCAAAGUACGAAGAAAGUUUUCAGUUUCCGAUUGAGGCUGACCACCUUCCAUUGACCAUUCUAAGGCUGGAUAUCAAAAAUCAUGUGGGACGUUUUACACGUAGUGGAAAAACGCAUUUCAUAGGGACUCUGUCGAUAAAUCUUAUUGAUUCAGUAAACGGGAAAGCUGAAACUAAGUGGUACGACUUGGCGUCGCCCAUUUUUCGUCCAUAACUUCGUGUUUUGUUCGAAAUACACGCAGCUAUUGUCUCUAUGUUAUUUGGUAUCAAUUAGUUACUUUCUUAAACUGUCAUCUCUAUUUCCAUGCAAUUAGUGUGGUUUAUUUGGAUUUUUGCUUUUCUGUGUAUUUCCCUUUAUUAAGAAUCAUGUAUAUUUAUAUUUGCUAUAAUAUCAUAUUUUUAUUAAAAAAUAGUACUUAAUGCACUCUAUUUACAACUCUGAAAGUGUAUGAAAUUUUAUUAUAUGACCUACGACUCAACGUUCACUUAUGCUUAUUUGUUUUAUGCCGCCAUGUGUGUCACACUGUAAUUUUCUCUUAGAUUCUUUACUUUUUGAGUUGCAUUAUUUUUUUCACAUCCAUGAUGAUCUAACCGCUAUUAUUACCGCAUCGAAAAUUUACCUAACUUGAAAGUUGUUGGCCAUUAAGCUAAUAUAUACUUUGAAAACAGCAUUUCUUUUUCAUAGAGUUCAGUGGAGAUCGUAGUCUGGACGUACAUCUUUUGUAUUCUUUGGAGAUAACAAACGAUAAAAUCGAUCUUUCGAUACGGCGUCAGCAACCCUAGUCCGUAGAAAGCGACCCCGUCAAAAACCCUGAUCAGAUAAAAUUCAACUCUAACCUGGGAGUGUAACGAUUUUUUAAUUAGGAGAGUUAUGAUGCUUCAUAUUGGAAGAUGAGACUCCUCUUAAGUCACGAUGCCAAUGCCUCUUCUGAGAGGGAGGGGGCAGUUAAAUAGCUGCGGAAAUGAGGAGAUAAAACUUAACGGUGCUCGAAAUCAGUGAAACGCAUUGUGCCCAAGCUUGACAGGAAAGGAUAGAUUCAGGAAAGAUGCUGUUGUACUCUGGUCGUAAAGAAGAAAAUGCUCCGCACACAGGGAGUUGUUCGAAUGCUGUCCAAAGAAGCACGAAAAGCACUUGUAGUAUGGGGAUCUCAUGCAUGCAGAAUCUUCAAAGCAAUGAAGAAAGGAAUCACCAGUGAUAGCAAUCACGAGGAUAAAGAUCAGUUUUAUGAGAAACUGCAAUCGGUAAUAAUGAAGUGAUCAGGAAAAGACCUGACCAUUUUGAUGAGAGAUUUAAACGACAAGGUCGGAAUGGAUCACACUGGAUUUGAAGAUAUCGUAGGACGACAUGACCUUGGAGGAAGAAAAGGCAGUGACAGAUUUCUAAGUUUAUUUGCAUCCAACAAUGUUCCCCCACAAACAUAUACACAUAGCAUCAUGGGUCUCACUGGAGCAUACUAUAGAGGACCAGAUAGGCCAUAUUCGCAUCACCAAAAUUUCAGAAGGACAGUGGAAGACGCGAGAGUCAGGAGAGGAUAUGACACAGUUUUAGGUCGAUAAAUAAACAGAGUUUGAUGUAUAUAUGGAGGCACGGAUAGGCAUGCUAAAGACAUAAUUCCUACAACUGGUAAACAUAUGGUACUCACAACAACUGUAAACCAAAAUAAAGUCGUAAUCCUCAAUACAAACGUCAAGAUAGUUCCACUGUAUAGGGUCUAGUAAGUUAACAACACCUUCCAAGCCCCCAAAUCAUCCUCAGGAUGAUUUUGAGGUGGUGGAGAAGAUUUGCAGACCAGGUAGAGUCUUGUCGUCUGAGCUGGUUGGUUUGGUCGUGGAGCUUCCAUCGUUUUUUUGAGCUGCAUCAUCAGUGUAAACUUCAAGUAGAGGUGAAGUGUUCAAGUUUCUCCACAUGUGGUUCACAGCUUGUUUAGUACACCUCGGUGUUGAUUGGUUCUUGUUGACCUUGAACCUGCCAUUGUCUACUUUGUUUUGAUUGUAUCUCCCAUUGCAAGAUUCUUUUCUGAAGUCAAAAUCUUCGGGCAGGGGACUUUUUUCGUAUGUGCUGUAUUGUGCAACACUAUUGGAUUCAAGUAGAUUGGCGAGAAUCUACUACUGAACACUGAUUUUUUCAUGCUGACUGAGUAGUUAGUACUGUACUCAAAAUGUCUCAUCAAUGGGAUGACAUUUUCCAGCUCCGGAUAAAAGAUGUGUUCCAGACUCAGGACAAGUCCCUUGGACCACUUCUAAGGAUCGUUUUGAGCCCAAGAGAUGUACGAUUAUUCCAAUCGUCAGUUAUCGAUUCUAUCAUUGCUGCAAAAACACUUAGUGUAGAUAGGGAGACUUUGUAAUUUAUUUAUUGAUAAUAAUCUUUGAUUAGUGCUAAAGCGAUAUUUUUUGGGUUUCUUCAAUAUAUUUUCUCACUAUCAUAUGUUGAUUUUGACGACUUAAAAUGAGUAGACUGCCCAAUACUUAGCUUAACUAGGUGUAUCAAACAUUCCUAACGGUCAUUCUCAACUUCAAAAGCAUGUUCCAUUCACUUUUUUUCUACCUGGCAUAACACCUACUAAAAUCAACCAGGUGUUAUUGAUAUAUUUGCCAAAACAGUAAUAAAUUAAGACAUUACUGUUGUAACCGCUGUGCGUGCUUCCCUCGAAUGAUGUGUCACAAACUUUAACCAAGCUAUCUGGAACAAAGCUAUUUCACUAACUGAAACUUCGCAAUUCAAUGAGGACAUUCUGGAUUUAUUGAAGCCGAAUUCCUUUAUGGGACAACAAUAACUCUCUGUAAGCUGUAUAAACAUCUCGACUCAAGAUGAAUAUAACUUCCCGAACGAGAUACCUUCAGACAGUAUGUAAUUAGUGAAACCCCGUCUAAUCCGACCACAGUAAACUGGUGUUUUCACGCAGGUGGCUUUAUUAAAUUUCGGGCAAGUCUUUUUACACCAUGACUCAUCAUACCACACUUUUGCUGGAUCUUUCUUUUCCGAAAUACUACGAAAUCAACAAAGACGAGGAGAAUGGACACUGAAUAAAAGACGUUCAUUUGGAACAUGACCUCUUCUCUGAUAUAAUACGUA